CACUUAGACACUUCCUAUUUAUCCUCCUCCUUUCUCACUAGUCGCUCGCUCUCUGUAUCGUUCGUUAGACUGAAAACCUGAGAGAGAGAGAGAGAGAGAGAGAGAGAGAGAGAGAGCGCUUUUUUAUCUUCGAUGGGGAAUUACAGGUUUAGGUUAUCAGAUAUGAUGCCAAAUGCCUGGUUUUACAAACUCAAGGACAUGGGCAGGAUCAGGAACCAUAUCAUCAACUCUCACCCAGUUAAGAAAAAGCAGCUCAAUAGGACGACAUCACCGCAACCAAGCCAACCAAAGCAGCAGCAGCGGCAGCAUCAACAACCUCCCUUCUCUCACGGAAGACGGUCUUACUACUACACCACCGAUCCCUUCAUGGCAGACAGAUUAUACAAUUCACCCACAAAUACAAAAGCCUUCGACAACCAUAUCCCUGACCCUGAGCCACCAAGAAAAUCGUCCAGGAGAAAAGCCAAGAGAAGAACCAUGAGGUCCUCUUCCAAGCUUGUUACUUCCUCUGUUUCCGCCGGUUGCAGCUGCCGUGCCACGUUUGACUCCGUCUGGACCAAGUCUAAUUCCACCCCAGACUAUUCAUCUUCUCCUCUUGAGAGCUCCCCCGACCCUGACUUCCAUGAAUCACUGUUAUCCGAAUUCUGCUGCUCUGACCACGUAGUCCCUACCGACCCAUUCCACGGAUUAGGCUCAUGGUCUAGCUCUUGCUGUUGUAGGGUCAAUCCUUCGGCCACUGAUAUCAUCAUUGAUGCGAAGGACAAGUCCUUUACUAGAGAUUUUGAUAAACUUGAUAGGUUUGAUUCGUUUGCACAGCUUGAACUGUCCCCAAUUUUGACCAAACCUGCGAAAUUUAGCGAUAUGAUCCGGGACAUGAAGAAGAAAGAUGCCACUACCGAACCCGCUAAAUUUAAAAGAUAUUCUACUAAAUUGGAGGAGACAAAAGAGCACAGGUCUCUCUCCGUCAAGGUGGUCAAACAUGAACAUGUCAAGGCUCUCAAAGAACAGAGGAUCAGCCCUCCUCCGCGAAGACAGUUGCCGGUUUCUCCCGGAUUUAAGCUCCGAGCAAAUUCUCCCAGAAUUGCAAGCAGGAAGAUUCAGGCCUAUGCUCGGAAGUCUGUGUCGUCCACUCCGAGCUCGAGACCACGGAGGAAGAGCCUGUCGGAGAGUUUUGCAGUCGUCAAGUCCUCGUUCGACCCACAAAGGGACUUUAGGGACUCAAUGGUGGAGAUGGUUGUGGAGAACAACAUCCGGGCAUCAAAGGACUUGGAAGAACUACUCGCCUGUUAUCUUUCAUUGAAUUCUGACGAGUAUCAUGACCUCAUUGUUAAAGUAUUUGAGCAAAUCUGGUUUGGUCUCACCGACAUUCGAUUGUAGUAAUUCGUUCGUCCAAAAAUUAGAAAGAAAAAAAAGGUGUAUAAUCCUAUAUAACGGUCAAUAAACUUCACUAGUUUUA